AUGUCAGAUCUCUGUGUUGGAAUCAAUGGCUUUGGUCGUAUUGGCCGCCUUGUGUUGAGAGCCUGCCUUGAGAAAGGCAUCAGGGUUGUGGCCAUCAAUGACCCCUUCAUUGACCUGCAGUAUAUGGUCUAUAUGUUCAAGUAUGACUCCACCCACAACCGUUACCGUGGAGAAGUCUCUGCCGACAAUGGAAAGCUCAUCGUGGAUGGCCAGUCAAUCUUUGUUUACCAAUGUAUGAAGCCAUCUGAGAUCCCCUGGGGCAAGGCUGGCGCUAAGUACGUUGUGGAGUCAACCGGAGUCUUCCUCAAUGUGGAGAAGGCUUCUGCUCACAUAUCUGGUGGGGCUCACCGUGUGGUAGUUUCAGCUCCAUCACCCGAUGCUCCCAUGUUUGUCAUGGGUGUCAAUGAGGACCAAUAUGACCCCUCCACCAUGAAGAUUGUCAGCAAUGCCUCCUGCACCACCAAUUGCCUGGCUCCCUUGGCCAAGGUCAUCAAUGAUAACUUUGGCAUUGACGAGGGUCUCAUGACUACAGUCCAUGCAUACACAGCCACCCAGAAGACAGUGGAUGGCCCCAGUGCCAAGGCCUGGCGUGAUGGCCGUGGGGCUCACCAGAACAUCAUUCCGGCCUCAACUGGUGCUGCCAAGGCCGUUGGCAAAGUCAUUCCCGAACUUAACGGUAAGCUGACAGGCAUGGCAUUCAGGGUGCCUGUGGCUGAUGUGUCGGUGGUGGACCUGACAUGUCGCCUGUCCAAGCCUGCAUCUUAUGCAGAGAUUAAGGAAGCUGUCAAGAAGGCUGCUCAUGGGCCCAUGAAGGGGGUGCUUGGUUACACAGAGGAUCAGGUUGUGUCCUCCGACUUCAUUGGCGAUACCCACUCGUCCAUCUUUGAUGCUGGUGCUGGCAUCUCCCUCAAUGACAACUUUGUGAAGCUCAUCUCCUGGUAUGAUAAUGAGUAUGGCUACAGCCACCGUGUUGCUGACCUGCUGUUAUACAUGCAUUCCAAGGAGUAG